AAAAACAGGAGAGAGGCGUUUCUCCCCUCACAGAAAGGUUUUGACGCACUGCAGACAUGCUCAGGUUUCUGGUGUUGACAAGUCUUGCAGCCUUGGUGCUGGCUGAGCUGGAGCCCCAGCCCAGGUAUCUGGAGGACAGUUUGGGGAGAGUUGUUGGAGGUGAAGUGGCCAGCCCCAACUCCUGGCCUUGGCAGAUUUCUCUCCAGUACCGAUCUGGCAGCCGUUACUAUCACACAUGUGGAGGAACCCUGAUUCAUAGACAGUGGGUUAUGACUGCCGCUCACUGUGUGGACAGUAACAGGACGUGGCGUGUUGUUAUUGGUGAACAUGACCUGAACAGCAACAGCGGCAGAGAGCAGAUCAAGUCCGUCAGCAGGGUUUACAUCCACCCCGGAUGGGACUCUGGCAGAGUGUCUGCUGGAUAUGACAUCGCCCUGCUGCGUCUCUCCUCUGAUGCUACCCUGAACUCCUACGUCAAGCUGGGCUCUCUGCCUCCUUCAGGCCAGAUUCUGCCCAACAACAACAUCUGCUACAUCACCGGAUGGGGACGCACCUCCACUGGCGGUCCCCUGUCCCCACAGCUGAAGGAGGCCUUCCUUCCUCUGGUUGACCACGCCACCUGCUCCCGCUCCGACUGGUGGGGCAGCACUGUCAAGACCACCAUGGUGUGUGGUGGAGGUGGUGCUGAGGCUGGAUGCAACGGAGACUCUGGCGGCCCUCUGAACUGCCUGGUCAAUGGAAAAUACUACGUCCAUGGUAUUGCCAGUUUUGUGUCCGGUAGAGGAUGUGACACCCCCAAGAAGCCCACUGUCUUCACUCGCGUCUCUGCCUACAUCUCAUGGAUGAACUCAAUCAUGAACUAAGCAGAGCCAUCCACAGAGACAGAAGAAUCAUCUGA